AUGCAUGAUAUGGGGGUACAGAAUAAGGAAGGUAUUUGCCGCCGGAGGAGGAGGAGGAGGAGGAUGGGUUCAUGUGUGUAUGAUGUGGUCGGAGAUGUGCUUCGGAGUGUUCUGGAUUCUCACUCAAUCUCUUCGUUGGACUAUUCUCCAUCACUCCCCCUUCAAACACAUCCUCUCCCGCAGAUAUGGUGAAGAGGAGCUACCAGGAGUUGACAUAUUUGUGUGCACGGCAGAUCCAAAGUUGGAGCCACCAAGCAUGGUGAUGAACACAUUGUUAUCAGCAAUGUCUUACAAUUAUCCUGCAAAUAAGCUCAGUGUUUAUCUCUCUGAUGAUGGAGGUUCUGAGCUCACUUUCUAUGCUCUUCUCAGAGCUUCUCUUUUCUCCAAGCAUUGGAUUCCUUUCUGCAGAAGAUUCAACAUUCAACCCAGAUCUCCUGAGGCUUACUUUUCCCAGAAUUCUGGGGCCAGCCAUCAAAAUCAUCCAAAAUUCUCAUCCAUCAAGAAAUUAUACGAAGAUAUGAAAAGUGAGAUAGACUCAGUUGUAGAAAAAGGAAAGGUUCCGGAUGCAGUGAGGAGCCAACACAGAGGAUUCUCAGAAUGGAAUGCCAAAGCCACAAAGCAGAACCAUCAUCCCAUCGUGCAGAUUAUAAUUGACGGAAGGGACACAAAUGCUGUAGAUGAUGACGGAUUUCCAUUGCCAACCCUAGUAUACGUGGCACGGGAGAAGCGACCAAUCCCUCACCACUUCAAAGCAGGAGCUAUGAAUGCACUCAUAAGAGUGUCAUCAGAGAUAAGCAAUGGAGCUAUAAUUCUCAACUUGGACUGCGACAUGUAUCCAAGUAGUUCAGAUACGAUCCAAGAAGCACUGUGUUUCUUCAUGGAUGAAACAAGAGGCCACCAGAUAGCUUAUGUGCAAUUUCCCCAAAGCUUCAACAAUCUCACUAAGAAUGACUUCCUCUCAAAUUCUUUUGCUGUGGCCGCUCAGAUUGAGCUUGCUGGCUUAUGUGGACAUGGAGGAACCCUAUACUGUGGAACUGGGUGUUUCCAUAGAAGAGAGAGUCUCUCAGGAACACAUUUCAAAGAUUAUCGCAAAGCAAAAUGGGACACCAAACUUGAGACAGAAGAUAAAAGAACAGCUGAUGAACUGAUUGAAGCAUCAAAAGCUCUUGCCAGUUGUGCAUAUGAGAAGGGCACACAGUGGGGCAGAGAGAUGGGAUUGAUAUAUGGGAUUCCUGCGGAAGACGUAGUCACAGGGCUUGUGAUCUCAAGCAGAGGUUGGAAAUCGAUUUACUAUAACCCAGAAAGAAAGGCUUUCAUGGGACUAGCUCCGACAACCCUUGACGUGCUUCUUGUUCAGCACAGGAGGUGGGGACAUGGCUUGUCUCAGGUCUUCUUCUCCAAGUACUGUCCUUUCAUUUAUGGGCACGGGAAGAUCAGCUUGGGUUUUCAAAUGGGAUACAGUACGUACCUGCUUUGGGCUCCACUCUCUCUUCCUCUUUGCUAUCUCAUUCUCCUUCCCAUUUCCACAUUUCAUGGCAUUCCUCUGUUCCCACAG